AUGGCUAAAGAAGAACUACGCAUGAUGAUUCGUGAAUACCAUGAGUCCAUUAACAAAAACAGAAAUCAACCAAAACCACUGCCCCGAAAUGGAAGAUUGUAUGAAAAUCAAGAAAACAGAGAAGAGAUUAGAAGAUCAGAGAAACCUCAGCAAGAUAUAGCUUUGACAGGUUUUGAUGACACAAUACAACAACAAGAGUUACAACCAACGGGUCUACAACAAUAUCAUCCUAACUUUUUCAUACCCCAACAACCUCAACAACAGUUUCAAUAUCAACUAAUUGAGCCUCAACAACAGUUUCAACCUCAACAACAGUUUUUUCUGCCACAACAGUUUUCAAGUCCAAGUCAACAAUUCCAAAAUUCGUUUGAAAACCCUGAAAAUCGUCCGGCUCUAGAUGGUCCUGGAUAUGCUCUUACUCUACUUUUUGUAGGUGAAAUCAUUAUUAUCGGAAUGGUAAUCUUUGCUGGAAUCGGCGGACGGUCUAAUUCGGCAAGAGUUAAACUGAUUGAAAUUCUACGACACAUGGUCGGAAGUAAUUCUGCUGAAGAAAUAGAUUCAAAGUUAUGGAAGAUCUCAUCCGCUAUCUCUGCAUUUGAUAUCUCUCUACCUCUGCCCAGCAUUACAAAUUAUGUUGAAUAUUCUUAAGCAUCUUUUUAACACUUGUAUAAAUAUAUUAUUAUAACAGAA